UCUUCCCUGAUCUCAUAUAUAAUUUUCUUAAUUUCCGAUGAAUUUCUUUUCCAACAUAGCCAAAAGCGCUCAGUCGAAGCCCAGCUCCGGCGACGACAACAAGGAAGAAGAAUCCUCAAAGUACGAUGUUUUCGGCAGUGCGAAGGUGGUUGCCGAGGCAGCUCAAUCUCAGUUCACCAACCAACCGGAGAAGUGCGACAAGCCCAAAGUCGCCGGCGCCUCCGCCGAUCUCAUCGGCGCCGCCUCUGACUACGGAAAACUAGACGAAACCAAGGGUGUUGGCAAGUACGCUGAUCAGGCUGAGGGCUAUCUCCGCCAGUACAGCGCUCCCAAGACCACCGCCGCAGCCGGUGAUGAUAAAGAAGCCGCCCCUGCCGCCCCCACUGGAACCACCGGCGCUGAACACCCUUCCGGUGGCGCUGCCGGCUAUAUUGAACAAGCAAAAGAUUUCUUCAACAAGCCUUCGGACGGUGGCGAGGGUGCCGAUGCCGAUGCCGGUGCCGGUGCCGGCGGUUAUGUUGAGGAGGCAAAGGAAUAUUUUAACAAGCCUUCUGAGGGCGGCGCUGAAAGUGGCGGUGCCGGCGAUUAUAUUAAAAAGGCCGGUGAGUACUUGUCCAAACCAUCGGAAUCCGCCGAGGGUGCCGAUGAUGCUAGUGGCGGUGGAUAUGUAGAGAAGGCAAAGGAAUACUUUAGCAAGCCUUCCGAGGGCGGCGCUGAAAGUGGCGAUGCCGGCGCCGGCGGUUACAUUGAGAAAGCAAAGGAAUACUUUACCAAGCCUUCUGAGGGCGGCGCUGAAAGUGGUGAUGCCGGUGCCGGCGGUUAUAUUGAGAAGGCAAAGGAAUACUUCAUCAAGCCUUCUGAGGGCGGCGCUGAAAGUGGCGAUGCCGGUGCCGGCGGUUAUAUUGAAAAGGCAAAAGAAUACUUUACCAAGCCUUCUGAGGACGCCGCUGAAGGUGGUGGUGCCGGUGAUUAUAUUAAGAAGGCCGGUGAGUAUUUGUCGAAACCGUCAGAAUCCGCCGAGGGUGCCGAUGCCGGCGCCGACGGUGGAUAUGUUGAGAAGGCUAAGGAAUUCUUCAGCAAGCCUUCUGAGGGCGGCGCCGAGGGUGCUGAUGCCGGCGCAAGCGGUUACAUUGAGAAGGCAAAAGAAUACUUUACCAAGCCUUCUGAGGGUGCCUCUGUUGAAAGUGGUGGUGCCGGAGAUUAUAUCAAGAAGGCAGGUGAAUACUUGACCAAACCGUCGGAAUCCACCGAGGGUGCCGACGCCGGCUCUGGCGGUUACAUUGAAAAGGCAAAAGAAUACUUUACCAAGCCUUCUGAGGAUGAGGAUGCCGCUGUUGAAAGUGGUGGUGCCGGCGAUUAUAUCAAGAAGGCCGGUGAGUACUUGACCAAACCGUCGGAAUCCACCGAGGGGGCCGAUGCCGGCACCGGUGGUUACAUUGAGAAGGCCAAAGAAUACUUUACCAAGCCUUCUGAGGAUGAGGAUGCCGCUGUUGAAAGUGGUGGUGCCGGCGAUUAUAUUAAGAAGGCCAGUGAGUACUUGACCAAACCGUCGGAAUCAACCGAGGGGGCCGAUGCCGGCACCGGUGGUUACAUUGAGAAGGCCAAAGAAUACUUCACCAAGCCUUCUGAGGAUGAGGAUGCCGCUGUUAAAAGUGGUGGUGCCGGCGAUUAUAUUAAGAAGGCGAGUGAGUACUUGACAAAACCGUCGGAAACCGCCGAGGGUGCCGAUGCCUGCGCCGGCGGUGGAUAUGUUGAGAAGGCAAAGGAAUUCUUCAACAAGCCCUCUGAGGGCGGAGCUGAAAGUGGUGGUGCCGGUGAUUAUCUCAAGAAGGCGAGUGAGUACUUAACCAAACCGUCUGAAUCCACCGAGCAUGCCGAUAUUGUUGGCGCCGACGCCGGAUAUGUUGAGAAGGCAAAGGAAUUCUUCAACAACUCUUCUGAGGGCGGCGCUGAAAGUGGCGGUGCCGGCGAUUAUAUUAAGAAGGCCGGCGAGUACUUAAACAAACCGUCAGAAUCAACCGAGUGUGCCGAUGUUGCCGGCAGUGGAUAUGUUGAGAAGGCAAAGGAAUUCUUCAACAAGCCUUCUGAGGGCGGCGAGGCCGGUGGGUAUUUGAACAAGCCAUCCGGCGGCGACGAUGAAAAAAUCGAGGCUUCAUCGGAGUCCGGAGGUGGAUAUGGAGGUUUGAUGAAGAUGGCUGGUGGAUUUGUGAAGAAAGACUAAUUUUAUGUAAUUAUGUUCAUCUUAGUGUUUAAUUGUUGCUUUCAUGUUUGAUAUGUUUGAUGUGUAAUUUAGGAUUUCCAUAUAUGUUUACCACAUUUGUGUUGAGAGUUUUCUUCUUCAAAGUGUUCUUUUAUUGUACAUUUUGAGUUUGUAAUAAGAAAAAGAAAAAAGGAAAAAUGAAUUAUGCA